ACGGGCGAGUGGGCGGGGCGUGCAGGCGGCCGGCACGGCCGCGGCCCUUCCGGCUGCUUGGCGCGUUUCCGUGGAGAGCGUACGCUCUACUGCAGCCUCCCCCCUAGCUUUUCGGAGACGUCUGGGAACUGCGCGAGUCCUUCGAGGUACAGAAUCCGUCGCGGGGUCCUCCUAAGCCUAGAACUGCCCAUUGUUCCGCGAGGAGAAGCCGUUGCUACCGAGAUCUGGGAUCAUGAAGGGCCCUCUCUUUCUUGGAGAGGGUCGCCCGCGGCUCCGCCCUGCAGCUGCGUUCUGAAAGAUUUCCGGGGUACUAAGGGAAGGAGGGUUCAGUGGGCAGAGCCUAGCAGAAAGAUGCAAGCUUAACACGUCACGAACUGUUGACCUCCACCUUGAUGACUUCACCUUGGAGUGCCUUCCCAGUUCAGUUCCCCCAGCCUUCAAUCAGUGGCCUCUCACAGAUCACCAAGAGCCUGUUUAUCAGCAAUGGUGUGGCUGCCAACAACAAGCUCCUAUUGUCCAGCAAUCAGAUCACCACAGUCAUCAAUGUCUCAGUAGAGGUAGCAAACACCUUCUACGAGGAUAUCCAGUAUGUGCAGGUGCCUGUGGUCGAUGCACCCAUUGCACGCCUCUGUGAUUUCUUCGACCCCAUUGCUGACCAUAUCCAUUCGGUGGAGAUGAAGCAAGGCCGCACACUGCUGCAUUGUGCUGCUGGCGUGAGCCGCUCAGCUGCCCUGUGCCUCGCCUACCUCAUGAAGUACCAUGCCAUGUCCCUUCUCGAUGCCCACACUUGGACCAAAUCACGCAGGCCCAUCAUCCGGCCCAACAGUGGCUUUUGGGAGCAGCUCAUCCAUUAUGAGUUCCAGUUGUUUGGCAAGAAUACAAUGCAAAUGGUUAACUCUCCAAUGGGACUGAUCCCAGACAUCUACGAGAAGGAGACCCAUUUGAUGAUCCCACUGUAAGCCAACCCGCCAGCUCCUGUAUUGGGUCAGCCAUACAGCUCUGUCAUUAACAAGUGCAUCAAGGUCUAAACUUGAACAUUCUGCUUUUGUUGCUACAGGAGCACACCAGACGGUGCUUUACCUAAGGGCAAGAAAAAAGUGUUGCUCUAACAUUUAACCUCGUAAUCCAGCCAGGUGUGGUGGCAUAUGCCUGUAACCUCAGAAUGCUGAAGCAGGGAGAUUACAAGGUGAGUGUGAGGCCGGCCUAGGCUACCCUGUCUCAAAAACAAAAUCAACAACAAAAACCCCUAACAAUUACUAUUUUGUCAUCUGUGUUUUUAGAGAUUAAAUUCAUUUCUAACAAUA